GAAAUUACAUGUGGAGUGCCCCAAGGCUCCAUCCUGGGGCCACUUCUGUUUAACAUCUACAUGCUCCCACUGGCUGAGAUUAUAAAGUACAACAGCAUUAGUUACCAUAGCUAUGUAAAUGACACACAGAUAUAUUUUACAUUGACACCGAGAGACCGAGGCCCUGUACAGGCUCUCUGCAUUGAGGGCAUUAAUGACUGGAUGUGUCACUACUUACUUUAGUUAAACCAAAACAAAGUGUGGUUAUUGUCUUUUGGGCUAAAGAAAAAUGGUUGGACAUCACCACAGGGCUUCAAUCUAUUCAUCUAAAAACAACCAACCAGGCCAGAAACAUAUUGAGAUAUUGAUGGGGGGCAUACCUUUUUACUUAGUACAAGGAUCCCAACAAUUAGAUAUAUUAUUUGCAUCACAGAUAUGGUUAGAGGAGGCUCACCUCUUUUGAUCACUUUAAAGUGAAUUUGGUGGAAAUGUUAAGCCAUUUUAAUGGGUGUAUAAUUUUUGUGCUGAUGAAAAACAUUCUUUGCUCAUAGAGAGAAGCUAACCAAAUGUUUGUUUCUUACAUCUGGGUGAAAAUGGUGAGUUUUUACUUCAAAAACAGCCCUUUUUACAAACAAAUUUGCAUUGGUUGGUUGAUUGUUCUUUUCCCUUUUCUGUGUUGUGUCUUUCAUUGGUGACUUUUUUUUUUCUUUAGAGGUGGAACAAUGAGCACAUUAAGUGGGAUCCAGAUCAGUUUUGUGGACAGAAGCAUAUUUUAGUUCCCACAAAAUAUUUAUGGAUGCCAGAUCUGACAAUUGAAGAGAUGACAGAGCGGGAUAGAACUGCCCCGAGCCCUAAUGUUAACAUCCGACAUGAUGGCUGGGUUGAAUAUAGAAAUGGCCAAGUGGUGGAGAGCGCCUGUACGAUGGACAUUUUCCGAUUUCCAUUUGACAUUCAGGCCUGUCAAAUCUCCUUCAAAUCCAUCACAUAUUCUGACAGGGAACUAAUGUUGGUCUACAACAGAAAUGAAACAGGCCUUACAAGAAACAUUCGUAAAACAAUCCAAACACAAUCUGAAUGGAGUUUCCGCAGCUUCAAAGUCCAUGAAGAAACUGUUGAUUAUUUUGAAUUCAAUCAGACUGUCAUUGUUUUCACUAUCACCAUGAAGAGAAGGUCAGAUCGUUAUGUAGCAAACUUCCUUGUGCCCAUUUUCUUCUUCUUGUGUCUGGACUUUGCCUCCUUCCUUGUGUUAGACACUGGUGGCGAGAAGAUUGGCUUCAAGAUCACUGUCAUGCUUUCUGUGACUUUGAUGCAGCUUAUUCUCAUUGACAUUCUGCCCCCUUCUUCAGGAAGUGUUCCUCUUCUAGGUAAAGACAUCGCUUUAAUCUUUCUUCUUUGA